AUGUACCAAAAGGUUGCCAGAUCUGAGUAUAAUAUGGCUGGUUUUCUCCUUAAGCUCAGAGUUAAAAAUACUGUCUGCCAGAACCAUUCAGAUGUGGACCCACUGUUUGCUGGUGGUGUGGAGGGACAGGAAGCUCGCCACUGCGGGGACGGGGGCACUGGCAGGACUGUACACCCUCAGUUGUCAUCACUGGGCCUUGCUUUUCUUCCCCAGAACACGCUGACUGCAGAGGACCAUUCUCCUGAGGACAGUUUCACCCUGAACCCCGAGGAGAGACGAGAAUUCCCCGAUCUCCAGGCUGCCCACCGGCCGUUUCCUAAGGAGCAGUUCAGGCAGGAGAACGGGCACACGUCCUUGCAAAGAGACGGACCCAGGUCUUUUCUCCUGGACCUCCCAAACUUCCCUGACCUGUCAAAAGCAGAUAUCAAUGGGCAGAACCCCAACAUUCAGGUUACCAUUGAAGUGGUGGAUGGCCCCGACACGGAGCCAGACAAGGAUCUGCAGAAGGAGAGCAGCAAGCCCAGCUGGCCAGCCCCGUCACCCGACUGGAGGAACUGGUGGCAGAGGUCCUCCACCUUGACUCGCAUGAGCAGCGGUGACCAGGACUACAAGUACGACAGCACUACUGAGGACAGCAACUUCCUCAACCCUCUGGGUGGGUGGGAUGGCCAUGCACCCAGUCACCGGACAUUCGAGUCCAAGGAGCAGCCAGAGUAUGAUUACAUGGAUGGCGAGGGCGACUGGAGCCCCUGGUCCCUGUGCAGCGUCACCUGCGGCAGCGGCAGCCAGAAGCGCACCAGGUCCUGCGGAUACGCCUGCACCGCCACCGAGUCCCGCACCUGCGACAGGCCCCACUGCCCAGGGAUCGAAGACACCUUCCGGACAGCGGCCACAGAAGUCAGCUUACUUGCAGGGAGUGAAGACUUCAAUGCAACCAAACUGUUUGAAGUUGAUACUGAUAGCUGUGAGAGAUGGAUGAGCUGCAAGAGCGAGUUCCUGAAGAAAUACAUGCACAAAGUGGUCAACGAUCUUCCCAGCUGCCCCUGCUCCUACCCCAGAGAAGUGGCGUACAGCACUGCUGAGAUCUAUGACCGACUUAAGAGGAAGAACUUCCGCUGGAAGGACGCGAGCGGUCCGAAGGAAAAGCUGGAGAUCUACAAGCCCACGGCGCGCUACUGCAUCCGCUCCAUGCUGUCUUUGGAGAGCACGACGCUCGCGGCGCAGCACUGCUGCUAUGAUGACAACAUGCAGCUGAUCACCAGGGGCAAAGGGGCAGGAACACCCAACCUGAUCAGCAUCGAAUUCUCAGCAGAACUCCACUACAAAGUGGACAUUCUGCCGUGGAUCAUAUGCAAAGGGGACUGGAGCCGCUACAAUGAAGCCCGGCCUCCCAACAAUGGGCAGAAGUGUACAGAAAACCCGUCAGACGAAGACUACUACAAGCAGUUUCAAGAAGCGAGGGAAUACUGAGGAGAUUUUCCUUUUCUUCAGAUGCAAAAUAGCAUUCGUUUCCUGGAUGCCAAAGAACUGAUGUUGGCUGCUGCGUUGGCUCCUCGACAGGGGUCGAUCAGCUCCUUUCUAAUGAAUGUAUAUAGUUGUAAUAUAAUACAUAAGUAUUUUUCACAGUGUGUGUAAUUUAUAAACACAUAUCUCUCUGUCUCACACACACCUAUUUUUGCAUACAGACGUACAUAAGUCUUGUCCUGAUAGGAUUUUAUACUGCAAUAAUGUUCAUGUAAUAAUGUGCAUUUCAUUUUAUUUCCCAUCUGUAACAUAAUGAAGGGGGUGGGGGGUGGCUGCCAUCACCAUCAGGCCCCAAGGCCCCAGCUGAGGAGGCACAUAUUUAAAAGUUGUUAUAAACAAUGGGAUUGAAGAAUGUAUUCUUCCAUAUGGGAAUGGUUUACGAGAUUAAUGCACCUACAGCAUCAGUUUUCUCUAUAAUUGGUUUCAUGAGUAGUCAUAUCUAAGGAAGGAAGAAAUUUUUUUGUGAGGGUAAUAGUCAAAAGUGAAUACAGAAAAUCCCUAGCAAUUUUUCUCUUGGAAUUCUUCCUGUUACCUUCUAGCUCAGGUCUUUGCAGUCCACCUGGGGUAGGCUUGCAGCAAGAUGUAGCUGUGGUUUUCCUACAGGCCAGAAAAUGUCCUGGUGUCUGCAGGAGUCACAAACAGCCCCCUCCUGGAGACAUCUCUGAUACAGAGCUGCUGCAGCUGUCGGGGCUUACAUCUCCAGAGCAGCAACCUGUGAACUGAGCACACUGCAGGUCUUUGGAGGAGUGAGGGCAGAGAAGGAAUGCAUCUUAAAGGACCAAAAAGAUCACGGUUCCUUCCCUGUUUUUAAUAUGAAGAAUGUUUGGAUCUGCUUGUUUCUUUCUUUUAAGAAAAGGAAGAAGUUUAUUAUUUUAGAGAACAGUAAAAGUGGAAUCCACAAGUUCCCUGGGAUAAAAGAUGCAACCAGCUCUUUUCCCCCAUUUUUUUCAUGCUGAGUGCACGGUGUCCUACAGAAGUAGCUAUUCUUUAAGGGAAGCUUUCUGGGAGGAACUACUGGUGUCUUAAAAUGUCUUAAUGUUUUUUUAAAAAGCUAGCAUUAUUUUUGUAAAGUAUUUAUUGAAUUGUAACAAUGACUCACAUGUGGGAUAUAUCUCUAACAUGAAAGGCUUCCGUAGAUGGAACUUGAUUUCCAAGAACAUGACUGUUGUUAGGCAAAGGUUUUAUUUCCAAAUUUUUAUAAAGUGCAAGUUUACAUACGUAAUCCUGUCAUAAAGCAGCUCGUAUCUGCAUUCUGGUGAAAGAUAAAAGUUACACCCUGGGUAAAUAAAUGCUUACAGUUCCAUCCUGUGAAA